AUGGAGGAGACUCCACAGUCUAAUGAGGUGAUAAACCUCACGACAUUCAGAGGCCAGUAUUCUGUCUCUCCACCACUCAAUGGUGGAGAUGGCCGUAGGUACGCUGUGGAGGAGAACGGUGGUUAUGAUGUGAAUGGAGUGGCCUCCCGCAGCUCUGCUGUUUUGUCUGGAUAUGAUACACUGGAUUCACCACCAAGUUAUGACUUCUAUGCCAACACUGAGGUUUUUGGGAGAACACGGAAAAUAAGACCAUCACUGUUCCAGCUUCACUCCAAUCCUGAGGAUGAUUCCUCCCCACCUCCCCUGUAUGAGGAGACAAAUGGCAACAAAGAGAGCCCAGAGGAUGAACCAACAGAACCUCCUCCAGAGCCCACUCGCUUUGGUUGGGUACAGGGGGUCAUGGUUCGUUGUAUGCUCAACAUCUGGGGAGUGAUUCUGUACCUGAGGCUUCCCUGGAUCACAGCUCAAGCUGGGAUUGGUUUGACAUGGAUUAUAAUCCUGCUGUCCUCCUGCAUCACUGGAAUCACUGGCCUCUCCACGUCUGCCAUUGCCACCAACGGCAAAGUCAAAGGAGGUGGGACCUACUUCCUGAUCUCCCGCAGUCUGGGCCCAGAGCUGGGGGGCUCCAUUGGACUCAUCUUUGCCUUUGCCAAUGCAGUAGCCGUGGCUAUGCACACAGUGGGCUUUGCUGAAACUGUACAAGCCCUCAUGGAGGAGAGUGGUUCACGCAUGGUAGACCCCAUCAAUGACAUCCGCAUCAUUGGUGUAAUCACUGUCACCUGUCUGCUGGCCAUCUCACUGGCUGGUAUGGAGUGGGAGUCAAAGGCCCAGGUGUUGUUCUUCAUGGUUAUCAUGGUCUCCUUUGCAAACUACAUUGUGGGUACCAUCAUCCCAGCCACUCCACAGAAGCAAGCCAAGGGCUUUUUCAGCUAUAGAGCGGACAUUUUUGCAGAAAACUUUGUGCCCAACUGGCGUGGGCCAGGGGGCAGCUUCUUUGGCAUGUUCUCCAUCUUUUUCCCCUCAGCCACUGGCAUUCUCGCAGGAGCCAAUAUCUCAGGAGACCUGAAGGAUCCCAAUGUGGCUAUACCACGUGGCACAAUGCUGGCCAUUUUCUGGACCACCUUGUCUUAUCUCGUCAUCUCAGCUACCAUUGGCUCUUGUGUACUGCGUGAUGCCUCUGGUAAUAUCAAUGACACCAUAAUGGCUGGAUCUGCUGCUGGAGACUGCCUGGGGACCGCCUGCAGCUAUGGCUGGAACUUCAGUGAAUGCAUUGCCAACAAGACCUGCAGUUACGGCCUUAGUAAUUAUUACCAGACUAUGAGCAUGGUGUCUGGAUUUGCACCUCUGAUUGCAGCUGGUAUAUUUGGGGCUACUCUGUCCUCAGCGCUGGCUUGCCUGGUCUCAGCACCUAAAGUCUUUCAGUGCCUAUGCAAGGACAAGUUGUAUCCAGCGAUUGGCUUUUUUGGGAAGGGCUAUGGGAAGAAUGAUGAGCCAUACAGAAGCUACCUCUUAACUUAUGUCAUUGCUGUUUGCUUCAUUCUCAUUGCUGAACUGAAUACCAUCGCUCCCAUAAUCUCCAACUUCUUCCUGUGCUCCUAUGCCCUCAUCAACUUCAGCUGUUUCCAUGCCUCCAUCACCAACUCCCCUGGUUGGCGUCCCUCAUUCCGGUUCUACAGCAAGUGGGCUUCUCUAGUGGGGGCUGUGGUUUCAGUGAUUAUCAUGUUCCUGCUCACCUGGUGGGCUGCUCUCAUUGCUAUUGGGAUAGUGCUCUUCCUGCUGGGAUACGUGCUCUACAAGAAACCCUCUGUAAACUGGGGCUCCUCAGUGCAAGCAGGCUCAUACAACAUGGCACUGUCCUACUGUGUGGGCCUCAACCAGGUAGAACACCACAUAAAGAAUUACAGGCCGCAGUGUCUAGUUCUCACUGGGCCACCCAGUUUGCGGCCAGCUCUGGUAGACUUUGUCGGUACCUUCACCAAGAACCAGAGUCUAAUGAUGUGUGGAAAUGUCAUCAUUGGAGGACCUUCACCUGAGGCUGUGGAUGCAGCCAACAGUAGCAGUCAUGUGACAUGGCUCAACAAGCGACGCAUCAAGUCCUUCUAUCAAGGAGUGGUUGCUGAUGACCUGCGCACAGGAGCACAGAUACUGCUGCAGGGUGCAGGUUUAGGUCGGAUCCGACCAAACAUCUUGGUGAUGGGAUUUAAGAGGAACUGGAACAAAUGUCCACCAACUAGUAUAGAAAAUUACAUCAGCAUUUUACAUGAUGCAUUUGAUCUGCAGUAUGGUGUAUGCAUCCUUCGGAUGAAAGAAGGUCUUGAUUUGUCUCAUCAAAUGCAGGCACAUGUAAACCCAGUGUUUGAGACAGCCACUGAGCCGGGGCUUGAUGCCAGAAAUAUCAGCACAACAAUGGACCCUGACUCGCUCAUGGCUCUGCCUCAACCCACCACCAUAUUUCAGUCCAGGCAGGAGAAGAAGACUAUUGAUGUGUAUUGGCUGUCUGAUGAUGGAGGUCUGACACUACUGCUGCCGUAUCUUCUGAAGCGUAAGAAGCGCUGGGGCAGGUGCAAAGUCAGAGUGUUUGUGGGAGGAGAGAUUCAGCAUGUUGAGGAACAGAAACAAGACCUCACAGCUCUCAUCAGCAAGUUUCGCCUCGGCUUCCACGAGAUCCUAGUCCUUCCUGACAUCAACGAGAAACCCCAGCCUGAACACGUUAAGAAGUUUGAGGACUUGCUAGGGCCUUAUAGGGUACAUGCUAUCCAAAAGAACAGGGGAAGAGACACUCAGACUGCCGGAGACUGCCCUUGGAUGGUGUCUGAUGAAGAGUUUGAAAAGAAUUUGGCAAAGUCAUUUAGGCAGAUCCGCCUGAAUGAAGUCUUAAAAGACUACUCAAGAGAUGCUGCUUUGAUUAUUAUAACCAUGCCUGUAGGACGGAAAGGAGCCUGCCCGAGUACUCUUUACAUGGCUUGGCUGGAGACUCUGUGCCGUGACCUGCGGCCUCCAGUCCUGCUGGUCAGAGGAAACCAAGAGAGCGUGCUCACUUUCUACUGCCAGUGAUCAUUACUCAAAGAC